GUAGUAACGGAGACACACAGCCACUCUCGCAUCGCUCUUGGUCGCGUUUCUCGCUCCUCUCUGUUGCUCUGAUUUAUCGAGUAUUGAAGCUCACAAACUGCAAUGGCGGGGAUGGUACCUCCAGGUACGGCGAUGCUAGGCGAGGCAUCUGCUGCAGCGUCAGCCAAGAAGAUCAAUGAAGUUGGGAAGAAAGUCGAUUACAUGAACCUCCCUUGUCCCAUUCCCUAUGAAGAACUCCAUCGUGAAGCUCUUAUGUCUUUAAAGCCAGAGCUUUUUGAGGGGAUGCGCUUCGAUUUUACCAAAGGACUCAAUCAGAAAUUCUCUCUUAGUCACAGUGUGUUUAUGGGACCUAUGGAACUUCCUUCACAAUCUGCAGAAACCAUCAAAAUCCCUACUGCCCAUUAUGAGUUUGGUGCUAACUUUAUAGACCCUAAGUUAAUGCUUUUUGGGAGGGUGUUGACGGAUGGGAGACUAAAUGCUAGAGUGAAGUGUGAUUUGACCGAUGAUCUUACUCUGAAGGCUAAUGCUCAGCUUACAAAUGAGCCCCAUAUGUCACAUGCCAUGUUCAACUUUGAUUAUAAGGGUAAAGACUACAGGACCCAGCUUCAACUAGGAAAUGGAGCCUUAUUUGGAGCCAGUUACAUUCAGAGUGUGACGCCACAUUUGUCUUUGGGUGGUGAAGUUUUUUGGGCUGGUCAACAUAGAAAGUCUGGUCUUGGAUAUGCUGCUCGAUAUGAGACAGAUAAAAUGGUGGCAACAGGGCAAGUUGCUAGCACUGGAAUGGUUGCUUUGAGCUAUGUUCAGAAGGUUUCUGACAAGGUUUCACUAGCUACAGACUUCAUGUAUAACUACAUGUCAAAAGAUGUGACUGCAAGUGUUGGUUAUGAUUACAUCCUUAGACAAGCACGUCUAAGAGGAAAGAUAGAUUCCAAUGGCUGUGCAGCAGCUUUCCUAGAAGAGCGCUUAAAUAUGGGUCUCAAUUUUAUUCUUUCUGCUGAGUUAGAUCAUAAGAAGAAAGACUACAAAUUUGGAUUCGGAUUGACAGUAGGGUAAUUGAAUUGAAGUCCCAAAGGUUUAUAUCAAAGCUUUACAUAAAGUCGGUGCUAGCUAGUUAGCAAGUUUUCUAGGUAAACUUUGCAUUUGAUGUUGAAGGUCAAGGGGUUGGUUGUAAUGGUUUGAGCAAACAUUAUUUGUGGGGCUGUUGCAGCUGCUGCAAACAGUUUUUUAGCUUCAAUAUUCAUUCUCCGGAGAUGUCACUUUAUUUCCAUGAUAGGGAUGUACAAUUUCAAGAUGAAACGUAGGGAUGGUUCUUAUAAUAAGGUUUUCAUUGAAUAACACUUUCGAUGCUUUAUUCUUAA